CGUGUUUGCUCUUUAACCCGCGUGUACGUUGCAUUCACUUAUCCAUUAUUCUCCAGUCUAAGAUUUCUGUUUCACAGUAAAUGAUUGAACCGGGUGAGUAUCGAUGCUUGUUAUGAAGUUUACCUGCUGAAGGCUAGAUAAUAAGCUGCAGUCCAGUAGGAAUAUGCCGCAGCUAGAGCGCUGACUCACUGAUCGACGGGUAGAUCUACCGUGGUGUUUGUAGGUGAUGUUUAUGGUGCAGUAGAGUGUCCUGAAGACUCCAGUCCCUCCUCUUCCUCCUCCUCUUCAUCCAGACCCUUAUAAUGUGGCCCCUCUACACCUAUCAUCACCUGCUAACCUUCCUGCUAACCUUCUUCAGCUAUGUCCUGCUCCACGCGUCUCGUAAGACUUUCAGCAAUGUGAAAGUGAGCAUCUCUGCGCAGUGGACGCCGUCAGCGUUGCAGCAGAACGCCACGGCUUUGUCUCCUGCGGAGACAUGGGAGGAAAACGCAUUGUUUGCUGAUAUGGGAGAGGCCACGCUGUUCUUGGGUGCUCUGGACUCCAUAUUCCUCUUCUCUUAUGCUGUGGGUUUGUACAUCAGCGGCGUGAUUGGAGAUCGGUUCAACCUCCGCUAUGUUCUGUCCUUUGGUUUAUGUGGAUCAGCCAUCACGACGGGAUGCAGUGUGCUCUUCAUCAUUCCACUCCUUUUCCGAGAGAUCCAGUCUUUGUGCAGAGACAGACAGGCUCGAACACACCAGCUCUGA